GUUUGUAAAACUGGCCCUAAGGCCUGGUUUUUCCAACGUCGCUUAACUUUAAUCUUAGUUUAACUCAGCCUUUGUCCCUUCCUAACUGUAUUCCCCUUAGCAAGAGACAGAAGGCGAGUUCAACUAAGGUUAAAAUUGAACGACGUUGGCAAACCCGAGUCUUAUGUCCAUUUCUACCGAUGUAGAUUAACUUUAAUCUCGGUUUAAUUUGCUUUUUACAUUUUCCACUGUAUUGUUUCUCUUUUGUACUAAUCGUAAGUCUCUUGUGCUCGGAUGAUUAAGUUUUAUUUUAUUUCAGUUAAGGACUUUUUUUUAUCAUAUCCUGAGUAUUCAAUACACGUAUCUUUUUCACUGACCGAGCAGAAUUAGCAGAACGGUUUAAUUUGCUUUUUACCUUUUCCUAAAUUUCGGAACUAGAAAGGGAUUUUAAUUAUUCAAUUAAACCAAGAUUCAAAUUUUAUCUGCAUUGGUAGAAAUGGACAUUAGCCGAUCGAACUGUAUGCCAGACUCGUUUAAUUAAAAUUUUGUAUUAGCUGGUUCUACACUUCCUACUCCAGUGUUUCUCUCUUGUACUAAUUGUAAGUCUCUUGUGCUCACGGUGAUCAAGUCGAAUUUUAUUUUAUUAAACGACUGUUUCUAUCAUAUCCUGAUUAUUCAAUACACGUAUCUUUUUGACUGACCGAGCAGAAUUAGCAGAAAUAGUCGUGGCUUAUUGUUACUUGUUAAUGACGUCGGGCUUUUUCUCAAAAUGUAGCGACACCUUUACUUUGUUGAAAAUGCCGAUAUGAAAGACAGUUUUUCUGCGUUUAUGUAGUAAUCUAAACUCGAUGGAAUUACAUCGAGUCCGAUCUGGUUUGAAGUUGAUCCGGUUUGAAUUUCGAGUUCGAGCGGGCUGCUAGAUAGACAUUCGACAAUUUUAUCGUUUAAUUCGAUCCCGAGUGACGUUGACUAAAGCGUUUGCGAGCUACUAAAGCGGACACUCGGGACUGCGAACAGAAAACACGGAACCGACUGAUGCGAAAUGAUCGGGGGUUUUUUUUUUUAAUCAGCUGGUAAACGCGUGAGAUCCUGUUCCAUUUUAAUGUUCCUGGAAAAUACCGGGUCUUCUGGACCGAACGAGCGGGCCGAUAAAACGAACGGAAGAAUCCCGGAUUGGUUCCGCGAUCGUAAAAAUUUCUCUCGUUCCAGCGCCGUAAAAAUCCACGCGGUUCCUAACCGCCGCGAUUAAAUCGUCGAAGGAUGCGGUUGAAUUCGAGAAAAGAAAAACGGGAUGGAGAUGCUGGCCGCCUCGUACGAUCUCCAAACGGCGGACACGCGUGCUAUCGCGGCGAAAGACUUUAUCGCGGAGAAGAAAAACCCCACGGACGUGAUCGCGGUGAAUAAAGGGCGUAUGGGACGCCGUUCCCUUCCGUCUUCUUCUUGCCUAAGGCACCCCCUAAGCCUGGGCCACCCCUGCGGGGUAAUAGCGGACCGGCAGGGUGGCCGCAGUAACGACGCGUCGUCAGUUAAUCAAGCCAUUUCGUUCCUGCGGGAUUGGAAUGAGGAUUCGGCCGGAACGGCCAUCGAUUUUCCUUCGGCCGCAGUCGUACAACUUUCCCAACUACCAAGAGAACAAGGAGAAAGUCGGGGAAUCCGCGUCUCUUCGUGCGCUUCGGGACAACUUGCGCCGCUGCCAGAGGGAUGGCGAGACUCGGUGUUGGGGGCCCCGCGUCGUUUAUUGGUGACUCUCGGCAGUCUCUCCAGGGACAGCUCGCCAUGUCCUGCCGCGAAGGAGGAGGCUCUACCGAGUCUUCCGGUUCCGGACCUCGAGACGACCUUGCAGAAAUACUUGGCGCAGGUCGAAACCAUCACGCCGAGCCACCUGGAAAGAACCCGAGGCUUGGUACGAGCCUUCCUCUCGGGUCCUGGACCAAAACUCCAGCAACGUCUCGUAGAACGCAGACAGAAAAUGACCAACUGGGCGACAGAAUGGUGGCUAAAUGACAUGUACAUGUCCGUCCCGCUGGCCCUGCCAAUCAACAGCAACCCCGGCCUGGCCGCGAAACCGAAGAGAUUUGCAAAUCAGCAGGAGGCCGCGGUGUUCCUCGCGCGAUUUCUCACCGAGCUGCUCAAUUAUCAGGAAUUACUAGACAGGUCCGGAUUGGAGGUUGAACGUGUGAAAUCCAAGGACGGCAAGACCAUGCAACCGCUCUGCAUGGCGCAACAUUAUCAGAUGUUUCGGAUCUAUCGGCGGCCCGGUGUAAACAGCGACGAGCAGAUUAUCCUGGACAGAGCGUCCUCCGGCGACCACAUUAUCGUCGCGCACCAUAAUCAGUUUUACAGCGUGCCGGUGAGGGCGUCGGACCGAGGCCGGAUCACGGAGAUCGAACUGGUCCAGCAGCUACUGAGGAUCAUGGAGACCAAAGCAGAUCCCAGAACUCCGCCGGUUGGGAUUCUCACGACCGCGAAGCGACCGGCCUGGGCGAAGGCGCGGGAGGAGCUGAUCAAAAACGAGCGCAAUCGUCACAAUCUGGAGCUGUUGGAGCGCUGUCUCUGCGUCGUUUGCAUCGACGACGACGUGCUGCCGACCACAUUUAACAAUCCCAUGAAGAAGGAGGACCGAUGGAUCGGCGACCGAGAUUACGCGAACGUGCUUCAUCACGCUCUUCACGGCGGAGGAUCCCGGCACUUGGGCGCGAAUCGCUGGUUCGACAAGACUUUCCACGCCAUCCUCGGCAAGGACGGAAUGUGGGGAUUGACUUACGAGCAUUCCGCUGGCGAAGCACCGGCCGUCUUUCUGGCGUUUGAGGAGGUGACGGAGAAGGUGGACGCCAUGUCGCCGCCGGACGAGAAUUUCGUACCCUCGCAUCUGCCGGCGCCCGAAAAGCUGGAGUGGUGCCUCACCGAGCAAAGUCUGAACGAUAUCCGAGAGGCGAUGAUGAACUUCGACGCGCUGGUCGAGGAUCUGGACCUCUGUAUUCUGUGGUUCGAAGAUUACUCGAAGGAGUUUGUGAAGUCCUGCAGAGUCAGCCCGGACGCGUACAUACAAUUAGCUCUCCAGCUUACGUAUUUCAGACUCCACGGGAGAUUAGUGGCCACUUAUGAGAGCGCCGGUAUCCGGAGGUUCGCGUUGGGUCGAGUGGACUGCAUCCGGGCCGCCAGUCCGGAAGCGCUGGCGUGGGCGAAGGCCAUGUGCCAGGGCGAUCCGCACGGGCAGAUAAAUCAGCCGAACAACGCCGUGGACGGGAGCCCCAAAAGAGUUCAGUUCACCAUUUACAGUGCGGAAAGGAUCAAGGAGCUGUUCGACCUGGCGGUGCAGAGGCAGACGAAGGAGAUGAACGACAACAUACACGGCCAGGGCAUCGACAACCACCUGAUGGGGCUGCGUUACGCGGCGAAGGAGGCCGGCGAGCCGAUCCCGGAGAUCUUCACGGACGAGGCUUACGCGAUCGUGAAUCACUUCGCUCUCUCGACGUCACAGGUGACGACCAAGAACGACGUGAUCAUCGGAUACGGGCCGGUGGUGCCGGAUGGCUACGGGUGCGCCUACAACGUGAGGAAGAACGGCUUCAUCUUCUCGGUCUCGGCCUUCCACAGCGACGGCCGGACCAGCGCGAUGCAAUUCGCGCAAACACUGGAGCAGAGCCUGCGGGACAUGGCGGCCAUGAUAAAGAAUUCCAAGAAGUGAUAGACGCGCGCGUGAUAGCUUCGCGAAGCGUCUUCUCAGCGCAGCUUCCGUCGCCGAUCCUGGCGGCGACGUAGGAGGUAAAAUGGAAGAAUGUCGAGCCCCGAACGCAUCGCACGAGGCCCGUGUAAGAUGCGCGCUCGAACGACCCCGAGGUUACUUUCCCUCGUUCACGAGAGGCUCGUCUUUCGAGAAGUUUGCGAGUAGAUGAGAGGCGCUCGUCUGAGAAGCGGCGUUUUUCGUUUCUUCGCGUGUCAUCGUUUCAUUUCUCGCGGUAGUCGACUACUCCGUUCGAACCAAGCACGACUUUCGAAGCACCCUUGCACGGAGUCGUGUAUGAAAGUAUAUGGUAGCUUCAGUCGCGUGGUGACUUAACUAAGGAACGCGUGCGUACACGUAGCGCAGGAGGAGAUUUAUCAGCUCGCUCCCGCACAACUUCUUAGACAUAUCGUUAGUUUGAUACAAUCCCUGUGAAGCAUACAGAAGAGAGAGAGAGAGAGAGAGAAAUUAGCGAAGGGAUGAAGCGGGCGAGCUUAUCGGAAGCUGCCGUGGUUCUUAAGGUGUCCCUGAUGGGUACAUUUUGCUGAAAGUAUGAAAUCGACAUGAAAACGUUACUGAAAAAUUACCUGAAUGGAACGGAAUCACAAUUUUCCUUAUAAGAUUUAAAGUGUGAUUCAAGUAACGUUAAAAAAUACUGUGGAAAAAUAAUUGAUAAAAUAAAAUAUAAAAUCAUAAAAUAUUAGGUAUCAUGAAAUCCACUGAAUUUAACCGAGAACUGUGCUGCUUUUAACGAAAAUCAUUUUUCACUCAAUUUUUAUUAAAGUAUUGAUGGAACGAUAAUGAAACCGAGUCAAUUGGGGGGGAUUUUCAAAUACGUUUCAGCAAAAUUGUAUUUCAUAUUUUCAAUAAAAUAUUUCCACCGGGCUCCUCUCUUCGUUGAAUGGGCUGGCACUAGAAACGUAUCUCUCUCUCGUUGUCUGUUUUCUAAAGGAAUACGUACAAAACGUAUACUCACACACACACACACGCGCACGUAUACUCACACACACAUACACACACGUACACAUAUACGCACGUUUACAUAAUCUUGUUCGCGAAUUAAAAACCCUUCAGCGGUAGUCGUCGUACAGUAGGCGUCGUAUGUUAUAGAUCGAUCGGUCGUUCGGAAACUCUAGUUCGCUCCAGGAGAGAGAGAGAGAGAAGAAUAAAGUUUCUUCGAGCGUUAUGCCCGGGCGCUGGAAAAAUCGCUGAAACGAUAAAACUGAUUCCGUUUCGGUCGAGAAAAAGCCGAAGAGAGAGACAGCACACCGCUGGAUCUUCUUCUCCGAUCGUCCCAUCGAGAAGAGGACGAAGUUCUAAGUGUCUAAAGCUGCUCGACUCGCCGAUCUCUUGCUCCAUUCACCGCUUCUGCGUUUCUCGCAAACAAUCGUACCUCGGUUCUCCUCUCUCCAACUUGAACUUUUUGCCACUCCGUGUCGGUGUUGUUACAGUUUCCAGCGCGCGGGACCUCGUCCACCGCAGAAACACUCUAAAUGUGGCCAAUCGUACGUAUGUUGGCGCCCGCACAGUAAACUCUUGUCCAUUUCUUAGGUAGGUCGACGGAUCGCACCGCUCAUCGAGAGCCGGUCGAUCGUCGGCGGUAUAGCUCUAUCUGUCUAUCGCGCUAUUCUUCUACGCCCUACGAUUUACCAUAGCUGACUAACCCAUACCGUGCCAGAGUUUGCGACCGAUAAGGCUGUAACCGUACGAUUUGGCUCGACAAAGUCGCACGUGUUGUUAAUCGUAAUCGUAAUUACGUGUUAUGGAUAUGUAACAAUAUUUGUGCAGUUUCUCUCGGAGGUCCAUUGAAUGUUCUCUUAUUCGCAAUUUCUCUGGCCGAUUCGGAGGACAAUUUUUCCUUGGCGAAAAUGUUGGUGGAAGUCACCAAUCCCAGCGGAAAUAUUUUGCUGAAAAUAUACCACGAAAUCGAUAAAACGUGAAAUAAAAGUCAUUAAAAAAUUACUGAAUUCGUUUCAAAAUAAACGAUCAUUUUUCUUAGAAAAUUCAAUGUGACAUAAAUGUGAAAUAUAAAGAAAAUUGAAGUAUACCAUUGAAAAGCGGUGAACAAAUUAUAACAUAUUUUUGAAAUAUUAUAAAAUUUACUGAAUUUAAUUAAAUACCGUUGCUCUUUAGUGAAAAUAAUUAUUCAUUUAAUUUUUACUGAAAUAUUGAAGUAACUAUAAUAAAACGGAGUCAAUCGAGAGGGAUUUUCUCAUCCAUUUCAACAAAAUUUCAUUAUACUUUUAGCAAAAUAUUUUCACCAGGAAAGUCUUCUCUCUAAAAGUCAA